GCCAUCGUAGCUACAAGAUGGCCACUGUGACUAUUACCGUUUUACUUGCAAUCUUCUGUCACAAAAUAAGCAUAAGCAUAAACUUUAUUGCCAAGUAUUUCAAAAACACAAGGAAUUGGACUCAAUGCCCCCACAAUGUGCACAACAUAAAAACUAAAUAAAUACACAAUAUGUACGGUACACUACAGUAACGUUAGCAUGUCAAACCUUCGUAAAAUAUACUACCGUUAAUGCUAUGAAGCUCUAUUUUUUGGCUCACACAUGAACCCGGCUCGAUGCUCACUUGUCACAAAAGUAAAGGAACAGGUCUGUAAUUUUUACAUGUUACAGUGCACAAACCAACAUUCAAAAUUUUGCGCCCAGUGGCUAUGGGCGCGUCCAUUCACAGAGUGGGCGCAGCAAAUAGCUAUAGCUGCAUUUGGAGCUCGGCGCCCCUCGUCGAAUGGCGAAUCAAAAUUUUAAUGUCACAACUUAGAGCAUUCCGUUUUGUAAUAAUGUAAUGUUAUGAAUUUCAACCAAUUUAUGCAAAUAUGCCUAUUCCCUUUUCACUCUUGGAGAAAAGAAAUUGUGGGGGAGAAUCGUUCCAGUGUGUUCUGAAUUAUGGAGAUACUAACUUCCGCUUGGGCCUAGAAUGCGUACGGCACUCGCUGUGGGUGCCUAGCAACGGUUGCUAAGCUGUUUACUUACGUCAGACGUUCCUUUGAUGAGGUUACGUCCAGAUUUACCUAACAAGUCUAUGCCAACAAUAGUAGUUUUAACUAUACACAGAGUCAGACAGUUCGGUUAGUUUUAACCAGACACACUCACAGAAAUAAGUAGCCAAUUUCAAAAACAUUCACUUCGUAAAAGACCAGCUAACAUGGAUGUAAACACUGACGGUCUCCCGGAAUUAACUGUGGAACAGCUUCACCCAUUGACUCAGUCCAGUGACUCUGGAAGCCAUGAAGCCUCAUCACAUCAACUUCAGGAGGAGCAAAUUACCGUACUUUCAGAUGAUACUGUUGAUUAUCUGUCUUCCCAAAGUGAAGCGGUGAGCGUCAACGCUAAACAGGUGAAAAGGACAAACAUGGGCCUACGUAGUUAUGCAAGCUUCGCUGCUGAAGAGAAGGAAAGGGGACAAGGUUAUCUGUCUUCCCUACAUAAAUGGGCAAGCGUCACUGCUGAAGAGGUGAAAACGAUAUACAUUGCCCAAGAAGCUACAUUAAAAGAUCAUCUGUCUUCCCCAAGUGAAGCGGUGAGCGUCAACGCUGAGCAGGUGAAAAGGACAAACGUGAGCCUACGUAGUUAUGCAAGCUUUGCUGCUGAAGAGAAGGAAAGGGGACAAGGUUGUCUGUCUCCCCUACAGGCAAGUAUCAGCGCUGAGCAGAUGAAAAGGGUGAGAGAACGUUACGUGGAGGCAGCUGUGUCCUCUGUGUAUUCCAGGCUUAUCGUGAAAUGCAAAUUAUUAGUUAAUCCACCACAUAACUCCAUGAAGCGAGUGCGUGAUAGAACCUGUGAUCUCUUGAAGUCUGAAGAUUUAGACUGUAAUUUAAAAUUAUUGAAGGACCUGGACAAAAAGGUGUACAAAGACCUGUGCAAACAUUUUGGCAGUGCAGAUAGGGUGCAGUUUCAACUGUAUUCGGAUACAACAGUAAGUGAAGAUUACAUCGCCUUGACUAUAAAAAAUCACUUACUUAACCCUAACCCACCAAAGAAACACAGCGCCAUUCGCAGGUUCUUUACUAAUGCGUGGAAAUGUAUCCGAUGUCGCUAAAGUAGUCAAAAGGAAAUCAUUGAGUGGUGGGACUCUUUGCACUUCCGGGACUUUUGCCACAUAAGUGUACAGUAUGACAAGAGAUAACGCAUUCCUUAUGACAUCCAUGGUAAUAACAAGCUUCUCAGCAUUACUAUUGAGAGCUCACAGCUACAGUAAAAGACAAAGACACCGUGAGUUUGCAAUCUGCCUACUAUGGUGUUGUGGAUUUCCUCCAAGGUGCUCCGGUUUCCUCCCACAUUAAAUUAGGAAACAAUUCGUCAAUCUAAAUUAACUGAUUGAUCUGAUCUAUUAAAAGCUGAUUAGAUAAAACA